AUGGAUUAUAAGCCACAGCCGCCGGCGUCUUCCGAGCCUUCGCCGUCGCCAUCUGACCGUCCACCGGGAAUUACAUCACCGGAGACUCCCUCGAACAGCCAGAAUCAUGAGAUAGAAGACAUUAUGGCUUGCGUCACGGCUUUGGAAGCUGCUCUGCUCCCAUGUUUACCCGCGAGAGAGCUUCAAGCCAUCGACCGCUCUCCUCAUCCUUCUCAUCAAAUUGAUGUUGAGCGACACGCGAGAGAUUUCAUGGAAGCUGCGAAAAAGCUUCAGCUUUAUUUCAUGGGAUUGAAGCGGGAGGAUCACGCGCCCACUAGAGCAGAGAGCCUUAAGAAGCAGGAGAUUGCAGUAAUGGAGGAAGAGCUCAAGACAAAGGAAGAGCUUAUAAAGAAGCACACAAGACUUAUCGAAGAAUCACAGAAGCUUGUGAAAGAACAUAUUGAGAAACACCGAGUGGAGCUGGAGAAAGUAUGA